AUGCGGAUACCGGACCGCGAUCGUCCUUCAAAACGUCGCCGAGGUGACUCGGUGACUCCGAAUAAACCGGCCACCGGAACGAGGCCCGUCGAGAACCGUGAUAAGCUUGUGGUCAGUUCCCCACCCAAUUCAUUCUGGGUGUACUUGUCGCGUUUCCACCCCACCGUGACCACUGACGUUGUCGAAGGACUAGUUCGGGAUGGCCUACAGAUUCGGGAUGCCAUUCGAGUUGUUCCCUUAGUAAAAAAGGGUACUGACCUCCAGUCGCUAAAUUUCGUGUCCUUCAAGGUUGGCAUUCCCUUGAAAUACAAAGCUGCGGCCUUGACCCCCGACUGUUGGCCACAAGGAAUCGCUUUUAGGGAAUUCGACGACGCUCGUUCGAAUUCAGCGGUAUGGCUUCCCCCUAUUCCCACCGCUCCGCCUGCAACUCCAGCCGUUAAACCACCCGGUAACUCUGCUGUCGACACCUUAUCCGUGACUCCGAUGGCGCUGGACUCUCCAGCCCCUUUAGAGCCGUCGACUUCAGACGCCUAG